UUUUGCAUUACUUCAGCUGAUGCAGCCCGAUCGGACGCAGCUCGACGGCAGGAGUGACAACAAACGCGAAGAUGUCUGCUGAAGUAGAGGAAACUCUGAAGAGAAUCCAGUCCCACAAGGGUGUGGUUGGGGUCAUAGUGGUCAAUGCAGAAGGGAUCCCUAUCAAGAGUACAUUGGACAAUCCUACUACCAUUCAGUAUACUGGGCUCAUCAGCGGCCUAACUGACAAGGCUCGGAGUGUUGUCCGUGACUUGGACCCAACAAACGACCUGACAUUCCUCAGAGUUCGAUCAAAGAAGCAUGAGAUUAUGAUAGCUCCAGAUAAGGAGUACAUGCUGAUCGUUGUCCAGAACACUAGUGAAUGAAUUGGAACAUGAAUCAUUCUCUGCUAACUUUCCAUUAACUUAUACAUGUAGAAUCAACGGAAAUGUUAUUUGAUUAAUUAAAGCUUUAAUAUGUA